AUGGUUAGAGCCACUUUCCUAAUGCGCCCUGCUGAUAUGGAGAAGAUUAAACACUGGAUUGUUGGUCGAUGCAAGGCAAAAAACACGGUUCAAUCUCCACGUUUAUCACCCUACAAUCUAACGGGCGCUUUUGUGUGGGUAUGUUUGAUAAAAUCCCUUGAAAGAGCUAGCGGAAAGUUAAUAGGUAAGAACUCAAGUUGCUUCGGGUUCAAUGCGGGUGGUUUAACCCGGUUGGGCUACCCAAUUCCGACUACUUAUUUCGGUAACUGCAUUGGGUUUGCUCGAACUAUGGCAACCCAGAGUGAGCUUUGCGGGGAGGAUGGGAUAAUCGUCGCAGCAAAUGCGGUGGGAAGCAAAGGUAAGGAUUUGGAUGAAGCACUUUUGGACGGGGCGGAAAACUGGAUAUCGGAUAUAGAGGUGUUUAAUGGAUCGGGUUCGGAGCCCCAUUUGAUGAUUUCUGGAUCACCGAAACUGGAUUUGUACGACACUGAUUUCGGGAAGGCAAGGAAAAUAGAGGAAAUUUCUAUUGAUAAAGCCAAGGGUAAUGCUAUUUCUUUCACCCAGAGCAGAGAUGUGAAAGGCGGCAUCGAGGUGGGAUUAACAUUGCCCAAGCCUAAAAUGGAUGCUUUUGCAUGUUUUUUCUCCCAUGGUAUGGAUAUCCUGUUUGCUUUCUAG